AUGGCUGGUGGUCAGUUGGGCUACUUGAGAGACAAACAUGCAACGUCUGCUUCCUUUUUUAAUGGCGACCCAAUUGUUGAUGGUGCGAGGCCAAAAUCAAUUAACAUUAAUAGAGAGUCUUCCAUUUGGUGCCACCUCAAAAGGUGGCAUAGCUCUGCCUUGAACGAUUCAAAAAUGCAGGAUGUGUCUACUAUUCAAGGGAAAAGCGGUUGUGAAGACAAUGCUAAUGUAGACAAUAAGGUGUUGUGCCUAGGACCCAAUGAGGAUCUGACGUGGCACGUGGGAAAAGCAAUGAUGUCCCCGACCGUGAGCAUCUGA